AUGAGCAUCCAAUGGCCUUUUGUUACUGCCAAUGUUCCAACUUUUCAACAACAGGUGACUGAGACCCUUGAUCAACGUCCACCUGUUGAACAAGCGCCAAAUCAACACUCCUUAAUCGAUGCACUUGUCGAAACACCAUCAUUUUCCAAUGAAGGUGAGACAGGUUCCUUCGAGACAAGUAGUGUGGUGGCUUUAAUGGAGAACUAUGGCAACAUUGAGCAAUGUGAAAAUGAUGAAUUAUCAUUAUUUGAAGAUGAUGAAUUGAAACAACUCUUAUUUGAUGAACAAGAGGAUUGGAACAAAGAGCUAUUUUCAUCUGAUCCUGAAACAACAGAGGAAACGGAAGAAGAUGCAUCUUGUAUCACUCACCAUGCACAAAAUCAAUCACCAUUUCUCGAUUAG